GACCUCUGCCUCUGACGGACACUUACGUCGUGCUCCUUUAAUUCCCCCCUCCAAUUAUCCUCUCCUAAACCGUCUGGCCGCGACAUCGCUGUUUCAGUACCGCCUAAGCUUACUCUAGUUUGGCGUUGGCCCUCGCAUUCUCGACCCUCCCCUGAUCAUCCACUUACCUCCUUAUCUUUGGAUGUCUCUUUCCUCAUUCCCCAAUCAUCUUCCUUGACCUCGCCUGCUCUCGACUUCGCAUUGCGUGGACUUGCAACCAUGAAUGCUUCCCAGUAUCCCUCGACCUACUCCUACCCACCCGGCGUGACGCUGGGCCCGUCAGCCCCCGUUGCUCAACACGCGCGUGUGCCUUCGAACCUGGGCUCCAACAACCCCUUCAGAAACCGUGCGCUGUCUCCCUCCGCCGGUUCUUUCUCUUCCGCCGGCCGACCUGAGCGACCGACUUCAAAUAACCCCUUUGACGAUCUCGAUUCACCACAUUCGGCCCCUAUCGGAGGAACCAUGGUAUCCCCGGUCGGAAGUCAGGAUAUGACCUCGAACACACGCGACCUCUUCGAAAACCUUUCCCUCAACCCUGCCUCCCAACCUGCCGGCUAUAGACCCGCCCCGCCCCGUCCGGAGAAGCCUGCACCGAAUGGAUUCUCCAGCGAGCGAAGGGAACGCUCGGAGCGCCGCGCACGCGAUCCACUAGAUAUCUUCGCUGAUCCUCCGCGGAACGGCAGUGGGCCUCGUCCCAGUGCCCGAGACCGCCCACGCCCCCGUCGUAACUCCGAAUCAUCGAUCAUGGAGCGACCGAGGCUCAUGGAUACAGAGGAAGAAAGAAAGCGACGGGAACGGAGACGGAGAGAGCGAGAGGCCCGCGGAAAGGAGAGCAAGGAUGGCAAGCCCCGUUCGUCGAAGAAGAACAACUAUCAACUCGAUAUCAUCGACAAGUUGGACGUGACUAGCAUUUACGGAACAGGCAUGUUCCAUCACGAUGGACCGUUCGAUGCUUGCAACCCCAACCGUAACCGGAAGGGUGUGCGCACGGCACCCAUGCAGGCCUUCCCCAAGGACUCAGCCAACAUGGCCUUGGGAGGCUCCGGACCGAACAACCUCGACAUUGAUCACAACCUGUUCCACGGGCGAACCGAACAAGGCUUCAACGAUUUCGCGGCAAGUGCGAAGAGCGACCCCCGUAAGAGCGAUCAUCCACCCAACUUUGACCCGACCGCUCGCAUCGAACCGGUCCACGGCUCGGAAAGUAUGGGCCUCGGAACCAGUACGUUCUUGGACGGUGCUCCCGUUAGCCAGGCGGAGCUUCAGCGCCGUGGAACUACGUCCGAAGGCUCGGGCGGCGGAAUGAACGGAGGUGGUCUUCAGCGCAAGAAGAGUUUGGCGCAACGAUUGCGCGGCAUUAACCGGGCUCCCAGCGGCCGAUCCCCGGAAGCCAUGUACACCCCAUCCAUCCCUGCGGGUCAUAUUGGAAACAUCAAGGCCAAUGAGAAGAAUCCUUUCUUUCAGGAUUACGACGAUGCGUGGGAUAAGAAGGGUGCUCAGAUCACUUCCUCUGAGGAGGCGCGGGACCCUGUGGCAGGACGAGCACGCUCAUCGAGCAGUCCUAGGCAGAACACAGGAUUGGAGCGGAGAUUCACAAACGAACGGUCCUACGGCGGUUAUGAGGAGAACAAGAACAGCGGUGGUGGUGGUGGCAGCGGUGGUUUUAUCAAUCGCAUGAAGAGUCUGCGAAAGCCUCGACCCGAACGGCGGAUCACCAACGACUGAGCAAGGAGAUGAUUUCAUGUCACCCGGUCACAUCUUGUACCCUGCAUGACUGGAGUAAUCAUUAUCGGUGGACAACGCGCUGGAAGCACAUCCAUCCCCAUAUCCCCUCAAGCGCAGACUGCUUUCACAGGA